CUUGCUGAUUGGCUGAUUUAUUUGUGUGAGUCCUUAUAAUCUAUGAUCAUACACUUGGAAGUGGAUAUGUAGCUUUUAUAAUAGUAAAUAAUUCGUACACCAGGCACUUGUAUUUAUAUAUUGAAAAAUAAUUCAUGAUGGUAGGUUUGCAAUAAAGCAGAAAAUUAUUUUUGUUACAGAUAUGGAGCAGAGUAAGAAAACUGAGAAGAUAAAAAAAUCAGUGGACUUUGGUAUACCAGUGACAGGUCCAACUCUCGACCCGCGACAACCAAUGGGUCAGCAGUGUCGCCAACUCCUGGUCAAAGAGGCCGGGCACAGGGUCAUAUCUGGGGUGUUUACAGCUCCCAAAUCAAACCGACGCCACUUUAUCUCCCUUAUCUAUGACAUCGUACAUCUAGGGGAUCAUGAACUACACAUGAAGUUAGCAGAAUUUGGCUGUAUGCAGAAAUUACUAGACUUCAUAAGAGUCAACACCGACAGUGAACUUCUCGAGAUUAUUGGGCUGAUCAUAGUCCAGAUGUUGAUAAAGAGUGACCCACGCUUGAGACAGAUAUUUGAUCGCCAUGGUGGCACAAGGCUGAUGAUGACCAUGAUGUCUAAGUACAGCAGUGGACCACUCAGGGACGAGAUCAAGAACACCAUGAGAACAGUGUCCAGUACUG